CCACGCGCCGGGAGGGAGGAGCCGGGCGCGCCACAGCCGGCGCGCGGAGUCCGAGCCGGUAGCCCGCGCCCUGCGGCCGGCGGCCGGCGGCGAUGAAGAUCUGGAGCUCGGAGCACGUGUUCGGCCACCCAUGGGACACCGUCAUCAAAGCUGCCAUGAGGAAGUACCCGAAUCCGAUGAACCCCUGUGUCGUGGGAGUUGACGUGCUAGAGCGCAGUGUGGACGGCCGGGGCCGGCUACACAGCCAUCGCCUCCUCAGCACCGAGUGGGGGCUGCCCGGCUUCGUGAAAGCGAUUUUGGGGACCAGUAGGACUUUGACAUACAUCAAAGAACAUUCUGUUGUGGAUCCAGUAGAGAAGAAAAUGGAACUUUGUUCCACCAAUAUCACACUCACAAACCUGGUGUCAGUGAACGAGAGGCUGGUGUACACGCCCCAUCCAGAGGACCCAGAAAUGACGGUGCUCACACAAGAAGCCAUCAUCACCGUGAAGGGGAUCAGCUUGGGCAGCUAUCUGGAAAGUCUGAUGGCCAAUACCAUAUCAUCCAAUGCGAAGAAGGGUCGCGAGGCCUUGGAGUGGGUGAUCGGCCGACUUAACACGGAGUUGGAGGGCCUGGCAGCCCCUGCCUGCGCCAGAGCGUGAAGCCCCCGCGGCGCCCAGGACCGGAGGAGCAGGCCCAGCAGCAGAAGCCAGAAUAUCAGAGUGUGAAAGGGAAUGGCUUUCUCCCAGCGUUCACAUAGAAGUUUCUCGGGGCCUAUGAUCCUGAGUUUGCGGCGAUCACAAACGCAGGAGAGUCCGGUCCGGCGGUGUGCGCCCCCCACCGCGCCCGGGCUGCCGUUUGCUGACAUUCCGCAGCUGGAACGCUGUUCUGCGUGCGCGCUGACUCUACUGACCAGACUUUAUCUUCUGCUGACCACAGACCUUAGAUUUAACUUAAGAUAUGGGUUUUUAAUUAUAUGCAUAACAUAAAGCAUCCCUGUUUCCUUUUAGUUUCUGAACAUGAAAUAGGGUACUUUUCCCCUUAUUGAUGUUUUAACUAAACCAACCGGUUUCGUUUUUAGAAGAGAAGGACUAUGGGGAGAAACUAGUUAUUUCGAUGAUGUCAUAUUAUUCACUUAUUUUAUUGCCCAAGCAUAGAAAUAAAUCCAGAAUCCUGCUGCCUUUCCUCCGUUUCCAGUGGUAUAUCCAUCCCUGUUACUGUGGCCCUUGAGUUCGGUAGGAAUAAAUUUGAACACACUAGUUACUGUGUCUACUCUUCAGCUACAGUAGAAGUUCCUGGGAUGCUGUUUCCUCUGGAAGUUGGGCUUUCUAGAGCACUGUGGGCACACAGGCCAACCUAUGAUAUUUGCAUUGGUCCUGCCUUCUGGUUAAGUAGCUAGUUCUAGAAGGUUCGUCCAGAAGCAGAGCCAGGUGCUCUCUGGAAACAGUUUCCCUCUUUGUAGAAGAGUGCUUGUACUACAUAUUCUUUGAAGACUGUUCUGCCCAUUUGGCAUUAGAACCAACAAUUAAAAACUGUAUCUGAUUUGAGCUGGUGGUUUUUUGGCUCCUAAAGAGUAGAUAGAUGCCUGCUUGCCUCUGGCAUUUUCUGUGCUCACAUUAAGGAAGGGUUAGGCAUACUUUGAUAUAGGAGUUAAUUGCUGGUUGUUUCUGUUGUGAACUUCAUCUUUUCACCCCAGAAGGGUCUUCCCUAGCAGCUCUCUCCUUAUGGCUGAGCCUUAGGGAAUGCCCGGCGUGUUUAGAACAGGUGCUCAUAGGUUCUGUUCACUUCAGGGUCCCAAGAAGGAGCAGGGUUACUUAUUUGGGUGACUUGGAAGCUGAGACAGGUACCCUUUGUGUGCCAGCUGUCAGAUUUAUAGGUAUGCAGCGGUACAUCUGGGCCAGUGUGGGACAACCGAGCUGCAGUUUCCUCAUCAGAAAACGCAGACGCCUAUACCAUCUCAAAGGAUGGAAGCAGGGAGCGGAUGGGCAGCACCUCAGUGCAGCCUGGUGGCACCUUGGCCAAUGGCGUCACCAUUAACUGCUGGCGCUGGCUGUCCCUUGGGGGGCACCACUGCGCGGGGCUGGAAUUGGGAACCCUGGGCCUCCUUAGUGGAACAUCCUUUUUUUGUCAUGCAUAUAUUUUAACUUUUUUUUUUUUUUUUAAGAUUUUACUUAUUUAUUUGACAGAGAUCACAAGUAGGCAGAGAGGCAGGCAGGGGGUGGAGUGGGGAAGCAGGCUCCCUGCUGAGCAGAGAGCCCGAUGUGGGGCUCAAUCCCAGGACCCUGGGAUCAUGACCUGAGCUGAAGGCAGAGGCUUAACCCACUGAGCCACCCAGGCGCCCCUUUUUUUUAACUUUUAUAAUCACUCUUAAGUGUUAACUGUUAAUGGUAAAAGAGGCAAGUGGGAGGACAUUCAUGAGUCCUAACUCGGGACUAAUUGGGAUUUCUAGACUUGACUGCUCAUUGUGAUCUAUGCUUGUCUUAGAUUAUAGGACAGCUUGCUUAGGGCAGGGGUUGGCAGACUCUUGCCUAUGAGCUAAGGAAAAUUUUUGCGUUUUUAAAGGGUUGUAAGUAAAGCCCCCCACACAGAAGAGGAUGCGGCAGAGACCCCGUGAGGUGACCAAGCCUAUUAUUUACUCUCUGGCCCUUAAAGCUGACCCUUUUCUUGGGGAUUCCACUGCAUCUCUCAGUCAGCAUGAAUGAAGCUGAAUUUGUUCCCUUUCACCCAGCUGCUUUCUGUUCCCCCCAUUGCUAAGUAGUGCUACUUCCAUUUUCCAAAUACAAAACCCGGGUUAUUUAAGACUUCUUCCUCCUGCUCUUUCUGUAGCCGUUUGGAAACCAAACAUUCCUUUGAAAGAUCUCUGGUCAGUUCUAUGCCUUCUCAUUUUCACUGUCACAAUUUGCUUUAGGUGUUUAUCACCUUAUCAUUCCUGGGAGGGCUGGCCACAUCCCACGUGGUCUCCUCCCACACUGAGCAGUGCAUGACCAGUGGGCUGCUGCAGAAUGUUCCACGAUGCUCUGUGACUUCCCAGGCCAGGUCCUAGGAGACACUGUGACUUGGACCUUGCUCGCUCGUGCAUCACCGGCUCUGGGGCAAGCCAGCUGUAGGGUCAUGAAUGAUAGGAGGAGCCGGACAAGGAGGUCCAUGGGUUAGGAGCUGUGAGAGGGAGCCAUGAGGGGGUGCCAUCUUGGAAAUGGAUCUUCUAGCCCCAGGGAAGCCUUGAACUGACUCUGGGCCCGGUGGACGUCUCGACUACAAGUACCUCAUGGGAUGGUAGGCCAGAACCACUCGGCUAAAGCUGCUCCUGAUUUUCUGAUCCAUGGAAACUUGUGAGAUAAUAAAUGUUUAUUGUUUCAA